AUGACAUCUGCCUGUAGUCCUUCGCCAACGAAAUGCAACUUGCUACUUUGCACAUUACACAAGUGUGGACCGAAGAUAAAACAUAGGAAAAAGGGAGCAAAUCAAUGUGUGAACAAACAAGCAACAAGUGAACAAGCAAGUAAAAGUGAAAGUGAGCCAUCUCUUCUGAAUGAUCCGUUCAGUCUUCAAGUUUUUGUAGUCGCCAAAGCAACGCACAAAUUCACUUAG